ACAGUUUGAGUUGAAAUUCUGUCAUGUUGAAGUUGGUGUUUAGCAUUUUGGUUGGCUUUGUGAUCGGAGGAUAUGGCUUCAAUCAUGGCGCGGACUUGACUGCCUUCGAGGCCUAUGUGAAAGCAUUUAAUAAAACUUAUGCCACCACUUCAGCGGGGACUUUUGCCAAUUACUAUUAUAUUUACAAUCGGAAUCAAGUUAAUCAACAUAAUGCCCAGCAAGAUCGGAAUCGUACCACAUAUCGCGAGGCAGUGAAUCAGUUUUCGGAUAUACGACUAAUUCAGUUUGCUGCAUUGCUACCAAAGGCUGUCUAUCCAACUGUAUCGCAUGCUUCGACUGCCAUUGACACAACCGAUCCGGUUAGCGAAAUCGACAUUAUAUCGGAUCUGGGAAUGAAUGUGACAGUGGCGAAUCAGGGCACAAAUUGCAGCAGCAGUUGGGCCUAUGCUGCAGCCAAAUCCAUUGAGAUAAUGAAUGCCAUUCAAACUGGAAACCUGAAUCCUCUAACCUUGUCUGCCCAGGAGUUAUUGGAUUGCGCUGGCAUGGGCACUGCCUGCACCACACAAGUUCCACAAAUUGCUUUUGAUUAUCUGACUCAGUACUCGAAUCUUCUCACCGAUGUAGAGGAAUACCCAAAUAAUAAUACCCUAAAGACUCAGGGCAUGUGUUUACCCGAUCAAAUCUCAACUGGAGUUCAAUUGGCCACCUACGCCACAAUCGCGGAGGGAGAUGAUGUCUCUUUGCAGCGUUUCGUAUCGAAUAACAUCCCCGUAAUAGUUGAAUACAAUCCGGCCACCUUUGGCUUUAUGCAGUACAGCAGUGGAGUCUAUGUCCCACCCACUAGAAUCAGGACAACUAGCUCUCAGUUCUUGGUGGUUGUUGGUUAUGGUCAUGACACGGAUACGGGUUUGGACUAUUGGAAUUGCUUGAACUCCUUUGGCACCACGUGGGGUGAGAACGGUUACAUCAGGAUUAUACGCAGCGAUAAAUAUCCUUUAGCCAAGAAUGCCAUUUUCCCGAAUACCUUCUAAAUUUAAUAAUAAUUUUAAUCUGUAAAUUUAUAUUUAUUUAUAUAAUGACUCAUUUAUUAAAAUGACUUCUUUAAAAUACAAA